AUGACAGUCACAGAAAUUCAUUCGACUUUGCAAUUUAAUCAACUGGUGUUACAAGAAUCAAAACUAGUCGUUGUAGAUUAUUUUGCUACUUGGUGUCCACCAUGUAAAGCAAGUAAACCAUUCUUUCACAAAUUAUCAACUUCCGAUGCGUAUAGAAAUGAUGUAGUAUUUUGCUCGGUUGAUGUGGAUGAAGCGAAUGAAGUUGCCGCACAACAAGGUAUUACUGCCAUGCCAACUUUUAAGGUGUAUCAAGAUGGAAAAGUACUUGCAACCAUUGUUGGUGCAGAUUUGUAUCAAGUCGAGAGUUUGUUGAUGAGUAAAUUAGGAACGAGUUCAAGAGUGUUGACGGAUGAGGAUCACAAACAAAUGAGAGGAUCUCCACUAAAGAAUGUGAUUAUAUUACUUGCAUUGUUUGGAAUUUUGUGGUUCGGAGUGAGAUGGAUUUUUGGUUUGUUUAAAUAA